GCAGGAACUUUAAUACAUGGUGGCAAUGGUCCACGACAUGUUUCACGGAACGCAGUUCAAAAUGUAGAAAAUUUCCUUUUUAUGUAUUUUUAAUGGAUAUUAAAUCAUUGUACAGGCAACACGAAAUCGUCAAACUGCCGUGAAGAUUGAACAAGAGGAGAAAUGCACAGGACACUUUAAAAAAAAUUGAUUACACCUUUGUUUUCACCGUAGCAUACCUUUACGCAAACCUCAAAUCAUGAAAAUUACAGAUGGCGUUUUUCGAAGUUUUAGAGUCGCAAGGACCUACCGAGAGCAUUUAGACAAAGUCAACUGUGUGGAUUUCAGCCCAAACGGUGAAAAUGCGUUAUCUAGCAGCGACGACGACUCUAUUAUAUUGUAUGACAUGAGGCAAGAGGGAAGACCAUCAGGCACCCUGUACAGCAAAAAGUAUGGAGUGGAUCUGAUCCGUUACACUCACAGUGAUGCGGAUACUGUGGUUUUCAGCUCCAACAAACUAGAUGAUACCAUCAGAUAUUUAUCCCUCACCGACAACAAGUUCAUCAGAUAUUUUCCAGGCCACACAGCAAGUGUCAUUUCCCUCUCAAUGUCACCUGUGGAUGACACAUUUAUCUCAAGCUCUUUGGAUAAGACCAUUCGCCUCUGGGAUCUGCGCUCACCAAACUGCCAGGGCCUAACCAAUCCCCUGGGGACAUCUGUGUGCUCUUUUGAUCCUGAUGGACUGAUAUUUGCUGCUGGUGUUGACUCACAGCUCCUUAAAUUAUAUGACCUACGAGCUUCUGACAAGGGCCCCUUUGCUUCAUUUGAGAUAAUUUUUAAUCGUUUUUGUGACUGGACUGGACUUAAAUUCAGUUAUAAUGGCAAGCAGAUUCUCAUCUCUACAAAUGGAGGGAUGAUUCGUGUCCUGAAUGCCUUCAGUGGAGCAGUGCUGCACACAUUUUCUGGGUACAACAACAGCAGAGGUAUUCCAUUAGAGGCCUGCUUUACCCCUGACUCUCAGUUUGUCAUGAUUGGAUCAGAGGAUGGGCGAGUCCAUGUUUGGAGUGCCGACAGUGGGAUGAAGGUGGCUGUGCUAGAUGGCAAACACCCAGGACCCAUCAACUCCCUGCAGUUCAACCCCAGAUACAUGACAUUUGCAAGUGCCUGCUCCAACAUGACAUUUUGGCUCCCCUGUGUUGAUGACUUUUAAAGAAAACCUUAAUAGUGUUUUCGCUUUUUGAUGUAAAGAACCACACUACUUUUAACUAUGUUAGACUUUUUAUUCUAUUCAUUUCAAGUUCAGAUAAAAUGAUACAUAGGAAAAGAACAAUAAAAUACCAAGAUAUCAUGUCUAGCUAGUAUUAAAUGCCAGGGAGAAGAAAUAGGGAGCCAGUGCAGGUACAGGAGUGAUGUGCCCUUGUCUCUUAGUUUUUGUCAGCAGAUGAACUGCAGCGUUCUGGACAUUCUGUAAGCGCUGCAGGGAGCCCUGGUCCAGCCCCACAUACAAAGAAUUACAAUAAUCCAGACAUGACAUUAGAAAUUCGUGGAUUGCUCUUUGAAAAUCCACCUGUGGAAGGCAGGGCUUUACUUAAGCAAGGAGCCUCAACUGAAAAACACUGGACUUUAUGACAGAGCUAAUGUACUUGUCCAGUUUGAACAUAGAGACUACAAUCACCACAAGAUUCCUCACUGCAGGACAACAAUAAGAGGACAGAGGACCGAUCACACACUGUCAUGCCCAAGCAGUGGGUUAUUUUCGCCAAACACCACAAUCUCAGUUUUAUUUUGAUUUAAGUUCAGGAAGUUUGUGCUCAGCCAAGUCUGCACAUCCCUGAGACAGUCCUGCAGAGCUUUGAUUGUGGUCUGGUCAUUGGUGUUCACGGGCAAAUAUAUUUGAAUAUCUUCUGCAAAGCAAUGAAAUGCGACAUUGUGCUUUCUAAAAACAUUACCCGGGGGAAGCAGUAUUUUAGCCAUUUUGAUGUACAUCAUGUAACUGUCAUGGCAGUUUUAUUGUUUUUUUAACAUUUUAUAUUUAUUUUGAAUUAGGUUUGUUUUAAAAGUGUAUUGAUGACAUACAAAAUAAACAGUUUUUCUAAAGUAACUACACCUUUCAAACUGUAAUGUGAAUAUAUUCUAAGGAUGCAACGAUACAGUUUUCUCACAAUUUGAUAUGUUUUUGAUCUCAAAACAACAAUCAAUAAGCAUUACAUUUUAUUAGAUUACUUCUCUGUUUGAAUCUAGCACAGUUAGGUCUUUAUGGAGCUGUUCACUUACUAAUAUUGGGGAUAUAUGGCAUAAGUAGUAUUGGUAUGACUAAUCCUUUUCUUUCUUUGCCAAAUGGUGCUGGAGUAGUAUCGUGAGGGUAUAGUGGCACAAUGUAUUGCAGUGUGACGGUUGAACAAUUAAGUAUUAUAUUGAGUAUUGUUGCAUCCAUAAAAUUUGACACUUUUUUAUGGGAAGAUUCAGUCAGUCAUUUAUUUACUCACAGUGAAGCCCCUGUAUCUGUAAUCGACGUCAUGAAUGAGUGUCUUUUUGUUUGGUGUUUGUCUGUGGACACUAAAGUGUGUCUUCGUGCUACAGAAAGGUGGGGGCUCUGCUGAAUAAUGCAGAGGGCCUGGGCUGUGUACUCACCACUGAAUGAAUAAUACAUGACCCAUCACAGGUAACCUCACAGGUACACACUUAUCACCCACCUGUGCAGGCCCGUGUCUAUACAGCCAUAAUUAAGUGGUGAAUAGUAGGAUAAAUACAUUGCAGACUCCCUCUGAGCACCUGG